AUGCUGUCAACACAGGAGCAUGACUUGGAGGACAUAAGGGCAGACCUGGAGACCACGCCACAGCGCGUACGCAGGCACUAUCUCAAGGGGCUGCUGGAUUGGGCAGUGUCCACACUCCUGAAGAGCGCAUCUGUCCAGCAAAGCUCAGGAAAAGGGGGGCAAGGAAAAGCUGCAGACAGCAUUUUAUCACCUGAGGCGACCCCAACACAAAUUGCUGCGCGGCUGUGGGCCCUGCUGGCAGCGCUGCUGCGAAUGCGCGAGGUGGGCCCGGCGGCGGCGGCCAAUCCGGCAUUAGUAAGCGCGGCCGCGCACGCCUGCCGCUCGGCCGCGGGGGGCGCGCUUCGCACGCUGGGCGCUGACAUCAGCGCUGACCUGGCGGACGCCCUGCUGGACGCCCUCCGGCUGCUGGCUGCCAAGGACCGCCUGCACUUCAGCCCCAGCCUGGAGCACAGUGUCGCGUUUGCAGAGGCAGCGGUGGAGGCUCAAGCGGCCAUGAGGAACCAUGCAGCAUCGGCGGCAGGGCAGGAUCCUUGGGCUGAGGUGUGCGCGCAGAGCUUGGCUAUGCUGCGCUCGGUGGCCCUGUCACACCCCAACCAGCGUAAGGUGUAUGUCUCUGUUGUGGAGCGGCUGCUCGUCCCCCUGCAAACCUCCUGUGGGCAACCAGGGUCUGAGGGCUCACACAGCCAGAAGAGGCUGGUGACAGCGAGCCGCCAGCUGCUGGAUGCAGUGAUCUUCCACAGGGCCCAUGUAGAGGGCCUUGCAGCGAUAGCCAGCAGUUACACGGGUGGCAAAGGCCCAGACAGUACAAAGGAGUUGGAAGUCAUGGAGCAGAGCGGUGAUGAUGACAUGCCAGAAGGGGAUAAGGGCCACUCUCAGGCCCCCACCUACCUAUCCCUGCUCUUCAAGGUGCUGUCGCGCGAAGUGAGGAGUGCGGACGCAGAGAAGCUGACAGUCCUGCUGGCUGGCCUGCCCUGGCUGCUAGUCAGGUUCAAGGCUGCCCUCAAGCGCUACGCGAGGGCAGCGGCCGCAGAUGUGCGAGACGGCGCGCAAAAGGGGGGCAUUGCUGCCUCGGCAGACUUUGACUUCUUUGUGCUCCUGCUGGAGCCUGUUUUGGCGGGCCUUGAGUCUGCUACACAGAGCUCUGAGGCCGAUGGCAACGAGGAGCAGCAGGAGGGGCUCAGCAGCAAGCCUGCCAAGAAGAGAAGGCCACCUGAGCAGGCAAAGAAAGCAGCACAGAAGAGGAAGUUGGUGGAUGGCAUGCAAUUCACACACAGAUCAGAGGAGGCAGCAUGGCCGGUGUUGGCCGAGGGAGCAGGAAUGCUUGUAGGCAUCCUGAAGUCUGCAGGGGUGUACAGGGCGACGGAAGAUGUGACGGGGUCCCAUAAGGAGCUGCUGGGCCGUUUGGGCACUGCUGUGCUAAUGCCAUUCCAAGCAGCAGAUCAGAGCGACUUAGGCAAAGAGCGGGCGCCCGCCAGUGAGAUUCUCACUCAAAGAGCUGUGGCAGCCACUGGAGUUCUGGGGGCGAUAAUGGAUGUGGAGCACCGCGCGCUGCAUGCCAGGCUGGAGACCCUGUGGGAGGUGCUUUGGGCAUCCGCAUCCCAGGCCACUCAUACCGGCGCCAGAGAUGUGGCGAAGGCGGCGGAGGUGGCAGGGCGGCUGGUGCGAGCGUAUGGGGAGCUGCGCCAGGUGGAGCUCCUGCUGCACUCCCUGGCGGCCGCGCUUGGCUCCAGCGCAUGCGCGCCGGCCGCCACCCGCGUCAUCGACAGCACCGCCUUCAAGGCCGCCCUGCACCAGACGAUCUACGAGGCGCCUCCCGGCCAGAAGCCGAAGAUCGUGGCGUUUGCGGCGGCCGGCAUGAAGCGGCUGCUGGCGGCUGAGGGAGGCAUCGCCCCCGCGCUGGCGGUGCUGCUGCGCGGCUGCCUGGCGGGACUGCGCAUCGACCUCACCACGGCCCCCGCCGUUGCCUCUGCCCUCGAGCUCCUCAUCUCACGCUCCCUUGCUCCGCCCCUCACCUCUGAGCUGCGCAUGGUGACCGGCACCGGUGGCCCAGCCGUCAGCCGGCCGCGGCUGGCCGCUCUGCUACAGCUGUAUGCGCUGGCAAUAGGGGCUCAUGCGGCUUGCGCGGCGCUGCAGCCCCAGAUAUCGGCCCUGUCUGGGCAGGCGACUGUACUGGAAGCGCAUGCAGCCCAGCUCGAAAGGGACAGACUUCCAACGCUGGGCUACUUUGACGCCCUACGCGUGGCCUCCGCUGCUGGGAUGCAGGAGUCCAAGCUGGCCUUACCCACACUUCUCUCCUUGUCGGAGUGUGCAGGCCCAGGUGGCGAUGGGGAUCAGCUGCAAGAGGCGCUGGUGACGUGCAUGCUGCAGCGCAUUGAUGUGCUGCAGGAACGGCUGCUGCACCUGCGAUUUUCCUGCCCUAUCCAGCAGGUGGCACCGGCAGCAAUUGCCAAAUCUGCGGCCCCGGCUGAACCCAGCUGCGGCCCACUGCCGGAUGCCAGCGAAUUGGAAGCAGCCACGGCUGCCGAGCUCAGAGCACUGGCCGACAGCCUCGUGGGAACGGCUGCCUCUGCUGAGAAGGAUGCUGACAGAGAACAGCAGCACACCGAUGAUGCUGGCACAGACGCGCAUCCUCCAGGGCAGAGUGGUGUGCUUGGGCAGGUGCUGCUGUCAGCAGGGCUGCUCCUGCAGCAUGCCUCAAGUACGCAGCGUGCCUGCCUGCUGCGGCUGCUGCUGCUAAUGUCCCCCGCAGCCACACAGCCAAGCAAAAUUGAUCAGCCAUCAAUUGCGAGUGACCUGAAUGAGGCUAAUCAGGCCAGCGGACAUCCAGCGGACCCCAGAGGGCUCCUAGAGGAGGCUGAUCUGGACACUGAAUGGGUCCACGCUGCAGCCUCUAUCCUUCACGCUUCCCUUGCCGCUGCCUGCGCUCCCCUGCUUGGCAAUGACAUGGAGCAGACUGCGCCCGCAGCGGCCGGCCGGCCAAAAAAGAAGGGGAAGGGCGCACAGGCGCGGCAGGGCAGCCAAGAAGUGGACAAGCUAAAGAGCUUGAUCCGCAGCAUUGGCAUCCUGGUUGACGCAGCCCCCGCGCAGAGUGAUGGAGACUCAGGAGGUGCCUUCGGCUGUGAGGCCCUGCUGGAGGUGUUACAGGCACACACCAGUCACGGAGGGCAUGCCUCUCCUGUAGCGGCUGGGGUGGUGAAUGUUGGCAGCGAGGCGGCCACAGCUCUGCAGCAGGCGGCGCGGCUCUUCAGUCGACUGGCGGCCAUGCCGCCGCAGUGGUUUGCAGCCAGAGGCUGCGCGUCUUCGCAGCUCGUGGACCUCGCCCUGCUCGUCCAGGCAGCGCUCCUCACACUCCUCUACAGCAGCACUCCCGUGGCCGAGUCGAGCGCGGAUGCCAGUGCAGGCAACGACGCCGGGCUGCUUGGCAGGGAAGAUUGCUGCGCGGCGCUGCAGGCUGCGCAUGCCUUUGUGGCGGCCGCGGCGUGCAGCGGGAGCCGGCAUGUGCUGCAAUUGCUCGGCCGGCUCGACAAAGCGCGGCUGGACUGGCCGUUUGCGAUUGCUGCAUGCGUGGUUGGGACAGAUGGUGCCAGCUGGCAGGACAGCUCAGCGCGCAGCAUGCUGCGGAGCUCUGCCGCCAUCAUGGGCAGCGUUGUCACGCAUAGCUUGAGCGGGGGAGACCUGGAGCCUGCAGGAAUCAGCGCACCUGCAGGAGAGGUUCCAGCUGAGAGAUCCACAGCUCUGGAGACCGUCAGUCGGGUUGAGAAGAUUUUGGAGAGCUUGGCAGCUGAUAUGACAGCAAAGUCUGAGGAUGAAGUAUCAGGAAUUGUGAAGCCGCAGAUAGCGCUGCAGAUCAAAACGCUUGCUGCAUCUGUGGUAGCCUCCGUGGCAGGUGGUCGGUCAGAAACAAAACGCCGGGCUGCCAGCAAUAUCGUUGCCGGAAUACCUAGCUUGGCAGGCAUGCCCGAUUAUGUGGAGCAGCCAGCAAAUGCCAGCGUCCAAGACGACUGGCAGCAACUAGAGGAUGCCGCAGCAGUGGCCAGCCUCCUGGCUGCGGCUGCAUUGCUUCUGGAUGCACACAGCCGUGGUGCAAGUAGCAGCAGAGACAGUUCUGUUGCUCAGGCUGAGGGACCGGAGGAAGAUUCUGGCAGGGAUAAUUCUACAAGUGCACUACCGCUCGAGGUGGCUUUGGAUGUGGUGGCAUACCUGACAGCGGCUGGCAGGGCUCUGCAUGCUGCCCGUCAGAGCCUGCCCGAUGACAUCAUGCCCAGUGACAUCAUCGCGCGCAUGCUGGCGCUGCACACCCAUCUGCUGCGCCACUUGCUGCUCCUGCCACCGGUGCCGGGGCCCAAGCGGCGGCUGAAUAUGGGUCUCCUGAUGAGCGUUCCGACUUUGGCCGACGCAGACAGCGACAGCCCUUCUGCUCGAGGGCGGAGCACCCUCAGAGAGGCCCUCCUGGUGUCUGUACGAGAGAUAGUGCAUGCAUCCAGCCUGUCGGAGCAGGAGCACUUUUACCAGAGCAUCCGUGAUAUGCUGCUUGACCAGGAAAGGGGCAUAGAUGCAGCCCUGCCUGUCCUAGAGGUACUGCUGGUGGCGAUGGAGUCUGUGCACUCGACAGCAGCGCUGCGGGUCUUGUCGCAGAGCUCUGAGGACCUGGCAGCUGCCGUCUUGUCCUGCAUACAGGCGGCUCCUACAAACUCUGAUGUGGCGCCAGCAUUGGUGUGCACGGCGCUGCGCUGUCUGGAGUCCAUCGUGGCACGGGACACAGCCAUCGAGCUGCCGGGCUAUGUGGUGGGCCAAGUUCUACAGGUUACUGGCUUCGGGCAAGCUUGCCGGAGCGCCUCUCGCGCGGCUGGCAUGUUUGCGGGGAGCUGCCACCUCCUCGUGGCAGCCGUCCGCCACCGCACGAACGAGGUGCGGCGGUGCAUGGCGUUGGCGGCGGCCGCCGCGCGUGGGCUGCUGACCGAGCUGCUGAGCUGGCGCGCUGCUGGCAGCGCUGACAUGGCAAAGCAGUGCGCCGAGGACCUCGCCAGCGUCUAUGAGGCCAUUGCCGAGCGCAAGGAGAUGCUGGGGAUGUACUGCCACCAUCUACUGGCAGACUACAUCACGCUGGCAGCGGCGCCGGCCACGCCGCAAGGCGCGUCAGAGGACAACUGGGCCGAUAGCCGGCCGGGCUCCGGGCCAUGGCCGGGCGCGGCGGCGGCCGCGCUGCGCCCCGGCGCAUGCGCCCUCUACGGCGCUUGCAGCGCAGCUCAGGUGCAGCAUGUGUUUGCAGUCCUGCACAGGACUGGAGGGGGCACGCGCCGCACUGCCAUGACAGAGCUGCGCCAGGAUUACGAGAGGAAUCUGAAGUUCUCCGGCAAAGUCUGA